AUGCCUGACUGGAAGCCAGAGUACCAGGAAGACGAGUCUGCGCCGGUCUAUGACCAGGUCGAAGAGGAAGCGCCUCCUCCUACGUAUCAGGACAACUCUGCCGAGGUUUUCUUAGAAUCGAAUGAGCCGGAUGAUAUUGUCGAGGCUAUUAGAGGAUCCUAG